AUGGCUACUUUCGUUCGAUCUGCUUUUCCCGCCGCUUUUCGUACUAAUGCACGAUGUAUAGCUUCAAUUCGUAGUCAGUCCUGGGGGCCUCACACCGGGCUCAAAAAAGUUAAAAUCGUGGAAGUCGGUCCUCGGGACGGACUGCAGAAUGAAAAAAAUUUCGUGCAAACCGAUGUCAAAGUUAAUUUCAUCAAUAAGCUGUCAAAGACGGGUCUGAAAGUUAUCGAGGCAAGCUCUUUCGUAAACCCAAAACUUGUACCUCAGAUGGCGGAUGGGAUUGAGGUUAUGAAAAGAAUCAAUCGGGAACCAGGUGUAGAUUAUCCGGUUUUGGUACCUAAUCCCAAAGGUUUGCAAAAUGCAGUAACUGCUGAUGUUAAAGAUAUUGCAAUAUUUGCGGCGGCGUCUGAGACAUUUAGCAAUAAGAACAUUAACUGUACGAUAAAUGAGAGUCUACGGCGUUUUCAGGAUGUCGUAGACAUGGCCAACAUACAUGGAAUUGCAGUCAGAGGGUAUAUAUCUUGUGUCGUUGGAUGCCCUUAUGAAGGAGAUGUUUCACCGGAAAAAGUUUCCGAGAUUGCCGAGAAAUUAUACAAGAUGGGUUGUUAUGAAAUAUCACUAGGUGAUACGAUUGGUGUUGGCACUCCUGGUUCAUUUUCAAAAAUGCUUCGAGCUGUAAAACAGGUGAUACCCCUUGAAAGAAUAGCAUUACAUUGUCAUGACACAUACGGCCAAGCACUCGCCAAUAUAUAUAGUGCAUUAGAGGACGGUGUAAGAAUUUUUGAUGGAUCUGUUGCGGGACUGGGUGGCUGUCCGUUUGCCAAAGGCGCAACAGGAAACGUGGCAACAGAAGAUGUGGUAUAUAUGCUACACGGAAUAGGAUACGAAACAGGUAUCCAGCUCCCCGAAUUAAUUAAAGCCGGUAACUACAUUUCUCAACAUUUGGGUCGUCCGAAUGGAUCUAAAGCAGCUAUAGCUAUGACUUCAAAAUUGCAAUUGGAUCAAGAUCAAGUCUGA